AUGAACGAGAACAGUAAUGAAUUUCUACUUGAUAAUAAGCUUACAAGUGAUUUGCAAAGAUUCCUUCGACCUCUUUAUAUUAUGCAGUUUGUAUCAUUUGGACCGAAGUUUUUGAUACGUGAUGGUUUUAUAACUUCCAACAGCACUACUGUUAAUAUUAUUAGGCUUUGUUUUGCAAUUUGUUAUUUCAUUAUUUAUAUAGCGAUAGUGUCAAUAUAUAGAAUAAAAUAUUUCUCGAAAUUCCUUCUGAACGUGAUGAUCUUCUCGCACUUAUUAUAUUACGGAUCGAGUAUUCUGUUAAAUUCUAUCUUAAUCACUAUUCACAAUGAUAUAAAUGUUAAACUCAUUUUAAAAAUCCAAAAAAUUCACAGAUUUCUUAAAUUUCAACAAAAUGCCUAUAAAAAUUUAAUUGUUGGCAAUUGGAUAUUUAUAAUAAUUAUUUUCCUAUAUUAUUUUAUGAUAAUUCUAGUUCAAAUUUAUUUGAAAAGGCCAAUUCUUAUUUUUAUAUUUUUGCAUGCAUGUUUGCUAAUGAAUGAUCUAAAUUUAAUUUACAUUAUUCGAUUGAUUGUGGUAUUGAGAAAAGCAACGGUUGUGUGGACAUCAAAACUGGAACAAAUGUAUGAAAUGGAAAAUAAAACUUUAAAAUGCGAAGGCAGACAUUUAAGACAAACUGCACGUUGGGAAAAAAUAUUUAAAACAUAUAUUGACCUUAUCGAAGCUUUUCACGCAGGGAACAAAAUAUUGGAAAUUCAAAUUAUAUAUUUUAUAAUUUUAACAUUUAUUCAAACGUUAAUCAAUGUGCAGGUAGUUAUAGAGAUUACGAUGUUUGAUGCAGCCGUCAGCUCUUUGUUUUCAUGGUCCAUAAAAAAUAUUUUCUUGUUAACUGUACUAAGCUGGGAGUAUGAAAACUCAUACAUUGCUCACAAAAAUAUCCAGGUGGUUUGUUUAAUGAUCAAGUGUUCUGGAAAUGUUUCUAGUGAGGUGUAUUUAGUCUGCAAGCAGUUGUGGCGAGAGAGUGUUGGUGUAUGCGAAUUAUUAAAUUCGCACAAAUUUUUCAAAGUCGAUGCGGCUUUACCACUGCGUCUGCUAUCUGCCAUCAUCGUAUACGUAAUCGUGCUUUUACAGUUUGCAUUUCUUUAA